AUGCGAACUGAAGAUAAUGAAAUGUACGAAAGUUUGUUUUACAUUAUGAUGAAGCCUUUUCCGGAUAGAUAUGAUGAAGAAAUCGUGGAACCUCCUAGCGAAAAGAAAACCGAAGCCAAUUUCUUACUAGAACGCGAGAUACUGAUCGCCAAAGAACACGAGAAUCAGAAGGAGCUUCUUCGAAAAUCGCAAAUUUCCGAAAGAAAGCUACACCGACAAAAAUUCUACGAAAAGAUUGACCCCCGAGACAUAAAACCGGAAACGUUUUGGAUCUCUUCAUUGCAAUCCACAACCAUGUGCCCUAACGUGAGAGAUAUUCUCAGCGGCAUAGAACCGGAAAGCUUUAAAGAUGCGGAAG